AUGUUAGUUCACACUUAUUCAGCCAUGGACCGUCCCGAUGGGCUGAAUGGGACCUCCACCGGCGGCCGCCUCUCCCAGCUCUCCUCCCUGAACCAGGCGGCUUACUCCUCGGCUCCCCCGCUCUGCCAUACACCGGCCUCGGACUUCCAGCCGCCCUACUUCCCGCCGCCCUACCCGCAGCCCCCCAUGCCCUACUCGCAGAGCCAGGAGGCCGGCUACCCGCACCUCGGGGACCCGUACAGCACCAUUAACCCCAUCCACCAGCACCAGCAGCCCGGCUGGCACUCGCAGCGGGCCCGACAGGAGGAAGCGGGGCUGCUCUCACAGACCCACCGGGCGCUGAGCCUGGAUCCCCGCCGGGACUACCCGGGGGUCCCCCGCCUGCUGCACGGGCUGGCCGAUGGGGGCCACGGGCUUGGAGACGGGCCGCUGGGCCUCCACGGACUCGGACAUCCCAGCCUCGAGGACAUCCAGGCUGUGGACGAUGCUGGGCUGAAUUUACUGGAUCAGUCGGUGAUCAAGAAAGUGCCCAUCCCCUCGAAGGCGAACGGCACCACCAUCUCUGCACUGUCGAUGAACAAAGACAGUUUGAUUGGGGGGGUGACAAAUCCCAACGAGGUCUUCUGCUCCGUGCCUGGCCGGCUCUCCCUUCUCAGCUCCACCUCUAAGUACAAGGUGACCGUCGGGGAGGUGCAGAGAAGGCUUUCCCCACCAGAGUGUCUCAAUGCCUCUCUUCUCGGGGGAGUCCUCAGGAGGGCAAAAUCAAAAAAUGGUGGAAGGUGUUUAAGGGAAAGAUUAGAGAAAAUAGGCUUAAAUCUACCUGCAGGAAGGCGUAAAGCUGCCAAUGUCACUUUGCUGACGUCGUUGGUGGAAGGCGAAGCCGUUCACCUCGCCCGGGAUUUUGGUUACGUGUGUGAAACGGAGUUCCCAGCGAAGGCAGCAGCGGAAUACCUGUGCCGUCAGCACUCCGAUCCCAGCGAACUCCACACCCGGAAAAACAUGCUUCUGGCUACCAAGCAAAUUUGUAAAGAGUUUGCAGACUUGAUGGCCCAGGAUCGUUCUCCGCUUGGGAACAGCCGCCCGUCUCUCAUCUUAGAGCCAGGUGUCCAAAGCUGCUUGACUCACUUCAGCCUGAUAACCCACGGCUUCGGGGGCCCAGCUAUCUGUGCAGCACUCACAGCCUUCCAGAACUACCUGGUGGAGUCCCUCAAGGGGUUGGAUAAAAUGUUCAUGAACAGCACAGGGAAUGGGCAUGCAGCCGGAGACUCUAAAGCGUCAGAGAAAGAAGUGAAGCAUCGGAAAUAA